AUGAGUCGCAGCCCAGAAAGGAUGUCAUCGUACCGCCGGCAUUUCGAAGAGGGCAUGGCUUCAGCCUUCCAGGUGCGGGUGUCCAGCCCCUCGCCUCCCCGUGUCCGGCACCGCUCCGCCAGCUACAGCCGUAGCGCCGUAGCAACCACCCUGCGAGCUGACAGCAUGGGCCGGAGAAACUUCUCUGGUACUCGCAGGUCGCACCUCACCAGUGCCAGCAGCAUGGGGGUGCUGUGUCUGGGUGUUGGAAUGGGGGCCACCCUUGAUCUGGAUGCGGCGGCUGCAGAGAAUCAGGCCUUCCUCAGCACACGGACCUCGGAGCGCCAGGAGAUGGUGGUACUUAACGACAGGCUGGCCGCCUACAUUGAGAAGGUGCGGACACUUGAGCAGCAGAACAAGCAGCUGGAGUCAGAGAUUGCAGCCCUGCAGAAUCGCUAUGUGAAGCCCUCCGGCCUACGGAUGCUCUAUGAGGAACAGCUGAAAGAGCUGAAGAGGAUCGCAGACCAGAUGAAAGCACAGCGGGAUAUGGCUGUUGCCGCAAAGGAGGCAAUGGCAGGUCAACUAGAGAUGCUCAAAGCCAAGUAUGAGGAGGCGGUGGAGGCCAGGAAGAAGGCAGAGCAGGAGAUCGAAGCUUUCCGUCCGGAUGUUGACGCAGCUACCUCUGCACGCAUUGCCCUUGAGAAGCAACUGGAGAACCUUGAAGCAGAACUACUCUUCCUCCAGAGGGUUCACAAAGAGGAAAUUGAGGAGCUGAUGAAGCAGAUUUAUAGUGCAGUUGCUAAAACUGAGGUGGCCUUCUCCCUCCCUGACCUCGCUGCUUCUCUCAAACUAAUACAGUCCCAGUAUGAUGAGAUCGCUGCCAAGAAUUUACAGGAAAUGGAUGCUUGGUAUAAAACAAAAUUUGAGGACUUGAGCAACGCCUCAACUAAACACGUUGAAAGAGUUCGAAGUGUCAGAGAAGAAAUGGCAACCUGUAAGAAAGAUAUUCAGAACAAAGAGCGCGAGCUGGAGUCUUUGAAAACCAGAAACGAGACACUGGAAGCACAGAUCCGUGAUGCACUAGAAAAAUACAAGAAGGUGGAGGAUGAUCUUAAGGCAAAGAUUGAGGCUCUUACUGCUGAACUGAAAUCCAUUAAGGAGAAAAUUGCACUUCACCUCCGUGAAUAUCAAGACUUACUGAACAUCAAGAUGGCCCUUGAGAUUGAAAUCACAACAUACAGGAAACUGAUCGAGGGGGAGGACUUGAGGCUGAGCAGUAUGGUCCGGAACCUAUCCCUCAUGAGCAGCAGCAUGACUGCCACAGCAGCCAUGAGCUCCACAGUGAUAGGGAGCUCUGUGGUGGUGGGGAGCUCCAUGGCGACAGUAAGCUCCACGUCAGCAGUAAGCUCCACGUCGGCAGUGAACGGGGCCCUGGAGAGUGCCCUGGGGAACGGCCAGGGGAAUGGCCAGGCAAACGGCCAGGGGAACGGCCUUGGUGAGGGCCAGGGGAACGGCCAGGGGAACGGGCAGGGGAAUGGCCUUGGUGAGGGCCAGGGGAACGGAAGUGAGGACAACGCCCAGGAGAGCCAGCUGGAAGCCGCUGAGAGCGUUGUCACAGAACAAGCAGUGGAGAUGACUGAGAGGAAGACUGUGCUCAUCAGAACAGUUAAAACAGAAGAUGAUAUGAUGCAAAGCGACACCCAUGAGCAAACAAUCAUCAUAUCCGGCGCCGCUGAUGAAACUGAAGAUGAUUAGAGCAGGAAGACCAACACAUCCACCCGCCUUAAACCCUCUAUAGUUUAGCACUGAUGGUCGUAACCCGGUCCUUCACCCUAACUGCUGAAUUGGCUGACAGUUGACGGAUUCCCUUCGUAGCAUCAGUCUGUC